GCUCCAUCUGCCAAACGCACUCGCUCACUACCCGGUUUCUAUACCGAUUCCACUCUUUUCUCAACGCCCGUUGUUUAUCAACACCCACACUCUUUAAAACAUCAGAACCAGUCAUUCUCUCUUACUCAGCCAAAAUGAAGUUCUCCUUCGCUGCUGCUACCGCCCUCCUGGCCGGCGCUGCCGUUGCCGCUGUCCACCCUGGCGCUGAUGAGAGUGCCCAACAGUACACCACUGUCGAGGUCACUGAGUACACCACCUACUGCCCCAAGUCCACCACCUUGGUUGCCGGCAGCGAGACCAUCCCCGUUGAGACUCCCGGCGUCGUCACCCUCUCCAACGGCCCCUACACCGUGACCCGUCCUCUGCUCACCACUACGGUCACCCGCUGCAAGGCUUGCUCCAGCUCCACCCCGACUACUGCUCCUUCCAGCUCCGUGCCUGUCAUCCCCGCGCCCGUCGUCCCCACCAGCAGCGUCCCUGUCAUCCCUUCUGCUCCUACCAGCGUUGAUGCCACCGGUGUUCCUUCCAGCACCACCCCUGCUGCCCCCGCCUUCACUGGCGGCGCUAGCCGUGCUGCUGUUGGUGCCGGUGCCAUCGCCGGUCUCUUCGGUGCUGUCGCUGCCCUUCUCUAAGCGUGUCUUUUGAGAGGCGUAAGAGAUAGAGUGGGUGAGUGGACGGAUGGAUGGAUGGAUGACAGAUGGCAAGUGGACCGUUGAUCAGACGGCUCGUGUCUGGUCUGGUGCUCAUCCUGAGUAGUGCCGGUGGUUGCGGUUGAUUUGGCGAGUGUUUUGAGUUUGCCCGAUUGAUUCGUUUGGUCGAUGAAUACGACAGAUACCUUACUUCUUUAUCUUCGAAUUGCUUAUACUUACAUACCUAUUUCUUGUACUUCAUGACCUCUCUUGACUUGGCUGUUUGUUUCAUUGUGUAUAAGCUAUCUGGGUACAUUAAUGUCUGACGCUACUACCACCACUGAAGUAAAGGAAAAGUCAUU